CCCCCCCCCCGUGGUCGCCGCCACCGCGAACUCUCAACCUCCGUCGAAAACCGCGAGAACCGAGCGGUCGAAGCCCUUCUCCCCCUUAAGACCAGACAAACUCCUCCGAGAACCUACAAAGAAAUCAAAAGAUGUCGGCCCUCCAGUCCUUCAGCAAGUGGCUGCACCUGAAGCAGUACCAGAUCGAGGUCACCUUCAGCGUAUACAUCUUCACGCCCCUGGAAAAGUUCAUCUUUUACACCGUCCUCUUCCUCCUCAGCAGCUUGACCAUCAUCGCCACCGUCCUCUACCUGCCCCAGCACAUCGCCUUCCUCAUGAGCCGCGCCUGGUUCUACAUGCACGGCGACCCGAUCGACGCCGUCGUCGACACCGUGAUGGACGCCGUCGAGUUCACAAAGGCCGCCGUCGAGAGCGUGCUGAUGGCCGAGAAGACGGGCACCACUGCGGCCGCGCUGGCUCAGCAGACGGUCGAGCUCGUCAAGGAGUUGUAAAAGGGGGAGCGCAGAGAACCCUCUGUGUAUGGCUUUUCUGCU